AGCCCUCUGUUUUCUUCUAUGAUUGGAAAGAGGGUUAUAACUCGUUUCUGCCCAGUCUCUCACAGCGCCAGGUGGAAGAAGAGACAUGGAACAACUCCAAGGCCGAGGCCUCCCUCGACCAGAACAUGCUGGACUUGGUGGACCCCUAUAACAAAGGCGUGGUGCGUUACGCGGCUGAUUCAUUACAGCGGGCGCCCAGCGACCAUCUUAGAAAAGGUGCAGAGCUUGGGGGCCUAUCCGCAGCAGGCUCAGCCAAAGAGAGAAGUCGUCAGCGAGGCGACGUCGCAGGACAGCCAGCUCAAAGCCAACAGCUCGGUUGCAGAGGGUGUGAGCGGCGGCAGCGAGCCGCACAUUUUGACUGUUCCAGCAGAGGACAGCCAGCUCAAAGCCAACAGCUCGGUUGCAGAGGGUGUGAGCGGCGGCAGCGAGCCGCACAUUUUGACUGUUCCAGCAGAGGACAGCCAGCUCAAGGCCAACAGCUCGGUUGCAGAGGGUGUGAGCGGCGGCAGCGAGCCGCACAUUUUGACUGUUCCAGCAGAGGCGAUAGCUGACGCGCUGAAGAGCAACAAAUGUGCCAAAGAGAUAAUCCUGGACGACAACAGAAUCGGAGACCAGGGUGCCCAGGCCAUCGCUGAGGCACUGAAGAGCAACAGAACCAUCGUGACGAUCAACCUUGGCGAAAACAACAUCGAUGAUCCGGGCGCCGAGGCGAUCGCUGAGAUGCUGAAGGCCAACGGAAUUUUCAAAGAAGAAAUUGUGCUCAAUAGGAACGCGAUCGGAGACCAGGGCGCCAAGGCGAUCGCAAAAGCGCUCAAGAGCAACAAAACCAUUGCCAAGAUCGGCCUCUCUACAAUCAGCAUCGGUGACACGGGCCGCGAGGUGAAGAAGCCUCUGAUUCCAGGUGGAUUCCCUUCAGAGCCAUGGGUCCUGACUUGGAGCAUGCGCCUGGGCAGGCCCUCCGGAAGGUGGUUGCGGAGAAGAAAGCCCAAGGACUGGACCUGA